CGCAAACACCUUCAGCAUCUUUUCCGAGGCGCGCUUUAAUGUGGAGCCACAGCCUUAUGGCGAGACGAGGGGACGGGGGAGAAGUCCAGUGCCUGCACGGAGCUCUACACUAAUAUGGGAUUUCACAGCGUGAAGGAGGCGAAGAAAACUUCCACACACUUCAGUGGUGCACCGAUCAGGGAGGGCUGACCUCAGAUCGUCUCUAGAGGCUUUCCAUAUCUAUUCCCCUUGACUGGACCGGAACGCAAAUAUGCCAAUCAUGGAGAAAGAGACGGCCACAAGAGUCAGCCAAGUUUUGCCAAAGGUCCCUGUGCCCCCACUGAAACAAACACUUGACACUUACUUGAAGUGUGUUCAACACCUGGUGAAGGAGGAGCAGUUCAAGAAAACAAAGGCCAUCGCAGAGAAGUUUGGGGCUCCUGGAGGUGUAGGAGAGGUUCUCCAGAAGAAGCUUUUAGAACGGCGGGACAAGACAACAAACUGGAUCUACGACUACUGGCUGGAGGACAUGUACCUGAACAACAGACUGGCCCUCCCUGUCAACUCCAGUCCCGUCAUGGUGUUCCCUAAGCAGACGUUCAGAGAUCAGAAAGACGCCCUCAGAUUUGCUGCUCGUCUCGUCAGAGGAGUGUUGGACUAUAAGGCUCUCAUUGAUGCGCGAGCGCUGCCAGUGGAUUUUGCUCGAGGGCAGCUAGCUGGGACCCCUCUAUGCAUGGAGCAGUACUACCGCAUCUUCAACUCAUACCGUUACCCGGGGCUGAAGACAGACACGCUGAGGGUCCAGAUGAACGCAGCCUCCGCAGCGCAGGAGCACAUCAUCGUGGCUUGCAAGAACCAGUUCUUCGUGUUGGAUGUAGUCGCAAACAGCAAGCAGCUCAACGAGACGGAGAUCUUAUCCCAACUGGAGAAAAUCAUGAAAAUGUCAGAAAACGCUGAAGGGAGACUCCCUCCUUUUGGCAUCCUGACGUCUGACGGGAGAACAGAGUGGGCACAAGCCAGAGAUGCACUUACAAAAGAUCAAACCAACAGGGACUCUCUAGCUCUAAUCGAGAGCUGUCUGUGUGUGGUGUGUCUGGAUGAGCCCAGUGGCCUGGAGGCUAGAGACACAACCCGGGCCGUGCUGAUGCUGCACGGUGGCGGCCAUGAGAAGAAUGGGGCAAAUCGCUGGUAUGACAAGUCAAUGCAGUUUGUUGUAGGAAUGGAUGGAGUAUGUGGAGUGGUGUGCGAACAUUCCCCUUUUGAGGGAAUAGUUAUGGUGCAGUGCUCCGAAUACCUGAUGAAACACAUAACAGGAAGUCCCUCCAAGAUGGCGAGGGCGUCUAACAUCAGAGACCUCCCCCCUCCGAAAAAGAUGCUCUGGAAAUGUAACCAACACAUCCAAGGACUCUUAGCAGCAUCUCGAGACAGACUCCAGAGGCUGGUGGAUAAUCUUGACAUGGAUGUUUUCACGUUCAACGUUUAUGGAAAAGAUUUGAUAAAAAAACUGAAGAUGAGCCCGGAUGCAUUCAUACAAGUUGCCUUACAACUUGCAUUUUACAAAUGCAAUAAAAGGCUGGUUUCCACUUAUGAGAGCGCGUCCAUUCGGCGAUUUCAAGAAGGUCGGGUAGAUAACAUUCGCUCUGCCACCCCCGAGGCCCUGGCCUUUGUGAUGUCCAUGACAGACGAGAGGGCCACUUUCACUGAUUCAGAAAAAAAUAGACGACUGAGGGAAGCAAUUAAUGCCCAGACAAAUUAUACAAUUGCAGCUAUUACAGGAAUGGCAAUAGACAAUCAUCUCCUCGGGCUUCUGAAAGUCGCAAAGGAGCACAACAUGGAGAUGCCAGAGAUCUUCAGUGAUGAGACGUAUUUGGCCAGUAACCAGUUCAUCCUUUCUACCAGUCAGGUCCCUACCACAGUGGAAAUGUUCUGUUGCUACGGCCCGGUGGUGCCCAACGGCUACGGCGCGUGUUAUAACCCGCAGUCAGACCACAUCAUCUUCUGUGUGUCUAGUUUCUGGGAGAACACAGGGACGAGCUCUGCUGUUUUCGUCAAAGCCUUGAACGAGAGCCUGCUGGAAAUCAGGGACCUGUGCAAUAGAAGCAGCGCUGCGGCUACCAAACCGGCUGGUAGCAGCCAAGGAGCCAGCCUGCCUUAUAAAUCAGGGAAGUAAGCCAUACACAGAGAGCAUCACCCACUCAGAGGCUCCUCUGAACAACCUAUGGCUGCGGCCAAUUAGUAUUCGUUGGUUAGGACGGUUCUGUCGUCGCAACUUCAAAUCAGCUGCUGUCUGGAGAAAAUGAUGAGUAACGCAAAUAUGCAAGAAACACAAUAUCGAUAUAAAGUUUUUCAGAUCUUGUUUAAUGCUUGCAAGCACGACGACUCCUUCAGAGUUCCAUCCUGCUCUGUGUGUGGCAGACUUAUAGGGAAACAUCAAAGACAAUUUAAAUGACAACACCAUUUUGGCUCAGCUGGUCACCCUAUCACAAAAUGCAAAACGAAAUCAAAUUCUCUAAAUCAUAAGGAUAUGUGGUUGGAAUGCUUCCUUUUUUACCCUCUUUAGCAUAUGGUAGACUGGAAGGGAAAUAAUGUGUUCCCACAAUUCCUGGUGGCAGCAACAUUUAAAGUGACUCUUAAACCACGUCAAUAAAAUUCGGCAUCGCAAAAUUAUGCGGAGUAGUUUUAGAAAAAAAUUACUUCACGUCCUUUCCCCAGUCCUAAUUAUUCUUCAUUACUUCUUUCCUUGACCUCAUCUAGGCUAAAAGAAAAAGUACGAUUUAGCAGCCUUAGACCUAGAGUUGUGUUAUUGUUGUUUGUGCAAUAGUGUUCCUUUAAGAACAAAAUGCAAUGCCUUAAACUUCAUAUAUAGUAUGUAAAGGGAGAACAUUAUUUUGGAUAUGUGUAGAUGUUCUAAUGAUUUCAGGUCCAACCAUGGCCAUUGACUCGGCAGACUGACGUUAUGUGGUCUGCUGCCUUUAGGAAACUGAAGCCAUGCACGAUAUGUAACACUGAUGAAAGGGGCAACCCCUCCUUCAGAGUGAAUCAUUUGAGUGUUACGUAUAUAUACACAUUUAUUUCACAUUUAGAGUAGGAGUAUAAUAUAUGAAAGGAUUCUGAAAAUAAGAGUAUAUUUAAGUGAAUUAUAGCAAUCAUGACAUCCUUUAAAUGUGAUUCUGUUUCACGUUGUGCUUGCAAUUGUAAUAAACUGGAUUAUAUAUACUAGUAUGUAUUAUACUAGAUCCAUUUUGUGCUCAAGUUAAGUAUUUUUCUAUUUCUCUUGACAACACCAUAAAGGUUGCCAAAGAUGUUGUGUACAUGUGAAGUCUGUCUGAUGAGGCACUUUAAGAUAAUUUUAUGGAUAUAUAUAAAGAAUAACUUUCAACAUAGAGAACUGAAUCAUGUGUUUAGAGGGAAACAUUGUGGGUUUUACUGGCACAUUUGGAGUUGUCUAGAUGUACUGUAUGUAUGUGUUCAAUAGCAAUAGUUUAAAAGUGUAGCUUUUAAUAAACAGUGCUACGUUUUAAGUAAAAUACAGUCCAGUGGUAAUAGAGGCAAACCACUGUGUUCAUGUGUAUAGAGGUGCUUUUUAUUUGCACUUAAGUGGUAGAGUAUGGGAUGUAUUGAUAUACUGUAGUGCAAUAAUAGUAGCAAGUGCAGUGAGGGUAUAUGUGCAAUUUAGAAAAUCAACCAAUACUGUAGAUGCAUGGAGCUUGUGUUGUCUAUUUUUGAUACUCAGAGAUACAUUAAAAGAGGUAACAUUACAACAAAUAAUGGCAAUCUAAAAGCAUGCUGUCAGUAUUGUCCAUUGAAAGUGUAGUGUGACUUGGAUUCUUAAGAAAUAUAUAAAGUGUGUUUCAAUCUGAGGGGGGGGGGGGGGGUAUGUUACAGCAAAUUAAAUCAGUGGUCUGUAGCUGUGAAAAUGUGAGGAUAUUUGUUGUCCUGUAUUCAGAUUUGAAUCUACAAAUAAUCAGCCAAACUGAAUGUGAACCAUCAUGUGAAGAAACUACAUAAGCGACACAUAUUGCAUGUUUAUUCUUUAGUCUUUGUAUAUGUUCACCUGAAAAGAUAUAGUACAAUACUGGUGAAGGGUACACAAACGUAAGAAAAAUGCCUUAAAAUAAAGUGAUGCAAACUGUUUUCCUGCCAGAUAUUCUAUAAAUGUUUCAUGUUUUACCUCUGAUGUUCAUUUGAACUGUUUCUACUGUUAAUGGUCUAACCGGAGUGAUACCUGUAAAAGAAUGUACUAUUUGUUAUGUGCUAUACAGUGGGUUCCCCUUUGUCUCAUUCAUAAAGAGUAAUAUAUAAUCCCUGUGAGUAAAUCCAGCUGUUAUAUGCAUUGAACCAUGGCAUAGUAAUAAUGUGGCCUGAUAAAUCAUUUGCACACCCAUCCAUGAUAACAUUUUUUGAUAAUUAACUUGUAACACAUCGUUGACAGGGAUAUUAUAGUGUUUUAUGAAGUCAUUUAAUAUUCAAUGAAUGUUCAGUGUAAACUCAUAUGUUUAUCAUCGAUGAAAGAAAACAAAACGUUGAUUUAUUUUUUUAGGCCAUAAAGAAAUUCUGUUGAUACAAGACAUUGCUAAUUUGAGUUAUGAUAAAAUAGUUGUUUAGCAGAAGCUGAUACUCGAUUUAAGAAAUAA